AUGUCAGGAUAUGUGUUCAACGUCCUCCUCGACGGCUUCAAGAGGGUAUGGCAAUCCUGGAAUCUCCGGGGCUGUAUUGCCUUGAGCCUCGGCAUGCAGGCAUCUUUACUUUUGUUAUCGCCCUGGAGAAAACGGACCAGACGGAAACUGAUACACGCGAGCGUUUGGAUGGCAUACUUGCUUUGUGACUGGAUCGCCGCCGUUGCCAUCGGACUAAUCACCAAAAACAAAGGUGACGAUGCGAGAGAUCAUAAACCGCCCAAGGAAGGGAGCCAUGAAGCGGAGUUCAUGGCAUUCUGGGCUUCCUUUCUUUUGCUCCAUCUUGGAGGCCCCGAUACAAUUACUUCUUAUGCCAUUGAGGAUAAUCAGUUCUGGUUUAGGCACUUCACGGGGCUCGUUGUUCAGCUUCUCAGCACUUCUUACAUCUUCUAUCAAACGUUUCCGAAGCAUAAUAAGCUGUGGAUUCCCACGGCAUUGGUGUUUGUUGCCGGAACUAUCAAGUACGCGGAGCGGACGCGUGCUCUCUAUCUCUCAAGCUUGGUCCGUUUUGGUCGUUCAGUAUUGCCAAAUGCAGACCCCGGGCCUCAAUAUGAAGCGGCGGUGAAAAAGGGCACCGUUGAUUUACAGAGUAGGAGAGAGGUACCGGAGAUUAAGUAUCCUGAGGUUUCCCCACAUGAAAAAAUGGAUUGGGAUUCCAAAAUAAAAUUACUAAAAGUAGCACAUCGCCUCUUUAAAAAAUUCAAGGGACUUAUUGUGGGCUACCUUUUGAGCUCAAAAGACCGAGAAUGGAGCCGGCAAUUUUUCCUUAGUAUAAAUGCAAGACAGGCAUUCAAGAUAAUAGCGUAUGAGCUUAAUUUCAUCUAUGAUCUUCUCCACACCAAGGUGGUUGUGGUUCGUUGCCGAGUUGGGUACAUCUUCCGCUUUAUUGGCAUUUCUUCACUCCUGGGUGCAUUCCUGGCUUUCCGUUCAAUUGAGAAGAAGCAUUUGUUUGAAAAGGAGUUCGAUAUCAAGCUUUCUUACGCCUUGCUCUUCGGGGCGUUAGCCUUCGAGGCGGUAACUCUUCUGAUGCUUAUUUUUUGUGACUGGACCACCAUUGCCCUGACGCAUGAGUGGAGCAAACGCAUUGCAUUUUUCGUUUUGAGGACAGAAAGGUGGUCUAGGUCCAUUUCCCAGUAUGAUAUGAUAAGCCAUUGCUUGAAAGGUCCUGCAGAAUGGUUGUCCAAGUUUGCUAAUGAUUUCGUCCACCUUGGGGAAAUUCUAGACAAGAUUUGCAUCUUGCUUUUUUCACGUACAUUGGUGGUCACUGAAGAUCUGAAGAAGUUUAUUUUCGAGCAGCUGAGGAUGAAAUCUUUGACUGCAAACGAUUUAAAAGCUGCCAUGGAGGCAUGUUCACAAAGAGGUGACUGGGCUCUUAUGCAGACUUCUAGCAGUUUCAAACUAAAGUGGAGCAUCGACGCGUAUGAAUACGCAGAAAGCCUUAUGCUUUGGCACUUGGCUACCGAACUACUCUAUCAGGAGGAACAACCUGACAAAAAGCCUCCCGAAUCUUGUAAUGAGAAUCAGCCUAAUCAUGAUAAAGAAAUAUGCAAACAACUUUCGGAUUAUAUGUUUCAUCUUGUUGUUAUGCAGCCUGCAUUGAUGGCCCCGGUGUUGGGCAAUUGGCAAAUAGCCUUCCAGGACACUUGUGCAGAAGCCAAAAGAUUCUUCAGGGAAAAAAAAAUAAAAAAAUCGGGGCAACCUGAAGGCUGUCGCGAAGUCUUAGCUGUGAAAACAUCCAAUUUCAGACAAGCUGUUGUGAAGGGUAAUAGCAAAAGCAAAUCUGUGUUAUUUGAUGCAUGCAUCCUCGCAAAACAGCUAAAGAAAUUGGAUGUGGACAAAUGGAUGGUAAUGAGCAGAGUUUGGAUGGAAUUGAUGUCUUAUGCUGCCAUCAAGUGUUUACCAAAUGUGCAUGCACAGCAACCAAGUAGGGGUGGAGAACUCUUGACAUUCGUUUGGCUUCUGAUGAAUCACCUUGGCUUGGGAACACAGUUCUACGAGCAUGAACGCCAAACUGGUAUCAAAAUUGAUGACAAUCCUCAAAAUGAAAACAACAAUGCGGCUGCAGUGCAUGAUCCCGCUGAGCCUACGUCCAGAUGCAAAGAGUUUUCAAAAUUUAAUUGUUGUCACUGA